GCAUUAAUUAAAUUGGUUAUUGAAUAGAGGAGCGUGCUUUAAGAUUCCCUUGAAGUCGCGGUUGGACCUUGAGCACAUUCGCUAGCUUAUUAUUCAAUUUGAACUGGGCAAAAAGUUUGACUGACUGCCAUACUAAAGCUAACUUUUGGAGAAUUGUACUACACAAAUCAUGAGUAGCAGUGAUGAAAUAUCUUGGAUAUCAUGGUUCUGCGGCCUACGUGGUAAUGAGUUCUUUUGUGAAGUAGAGGAAGACUACAUCCAAGAUCGAUUCAACCUUACCGGUUUGUCAGAGCAAGUUCCUGAAUACCGCGAUGCUCUCGAUAUGAUACUUGAUUUGGAAACUGACCCUUCUGAUAAUCCAGAAAAUACCGAUCUCAUUGAACAAGCGGCUGAAAUGCUUUAUGGGCUAAUACAUUCUAGAUACAUUCUGACAAAUCGUGGUAUUUGUUUUAUGGUGGCAAAAUGGCAGCAAGGGGAUUUCGGUUAUUGUCCUAGAGUUUACUGUGAAAGUCAACCAUGUUUACCAGUCGGUUUAUCAGACGUUCCUGGUGAAGCUAUGGUUAAGAUAUAUUGUCCUAGAUGUCAAGAUACCUAUACACCGAAAUCUACUCGUCAUCAUCAUACAGAUGGGGCGUAUUUCGGUACUGGAUUUCCGCAUAUGUUGUUCUUAGUUCAUCCAGAGUACAGACCAAAACGAGCUAGUAAACAGUUUACUGCAAGGUUAUUUGGUUUUAAAAUACAUCCUUUGGCUUAUCAACUACAAUAUCAAGCUGCGGCUAAUUAUGUUAUGCCUGUACGCCCUGGUUUUUCAAAACGUGCAUAAAAUUAGAAACGACUUUACUGUUGAUUGUUGUAAAUCACGUCUGAUUUAAGCGUGGUGGAAACUAAUACUUAUUUGUACUGUUGUUAUUGUUUUUUCUUCACAUCUUUUGUGAAUUCAUCAGUUAAAAAGAGAAAUAUAAUUUUAAUAGAACCAGA